AUGGAAAAUGUGACGUCGCAGGAGAAACUAUUCCAGCAUCUCGAUGGACUCAAGUCGAAGUACUCGGCUCGCGGCACCGCUCAAAGCCUGCUGAAGACAAACGUCUUGGUAGCGCAGCUGAGGUCUUUUACUCAGAUCAUCACCAUCUUCGUACAAAGUAAUGAUAUUGCCUCACUUGUGUGGGGCCCGUUGGCAUUAAUAUUUGAGCUCGCAUAUCGACAUCAGGAGACUGUUGACAUGAUCAGCGAUGUGCUGGAGCGGGUAGAGCAAGCGCUUCCCCGCUUUCAAGAAUAUCUGAGGGAGUUCGGAUCUCGCAGCAUCACCACCCGCUUCCAGGAAGCACUUGUCGUAUAUUAUGCCGAGCUGAUUGCUCAUUAUCAGGAUUCGAUCAAAUUCCUGCGUGCACAUCCACUGAAAAACGUCUUUCUCUUGCAUCGGUCAGCAAAUAAGUUCAAUCUCCUCGCAAAUCGCCGCCUAGAGCGAUUGAGAGACCUCACUAGGUCGGUGGAGAAGGAGGUGGACUGGCUCAAAUACCAAACCCAGCAAACCCAGCACAAGCAAGUCGUGCACCUGCUGCAGGCUACUCGAACCACAACAAUGGCAUUACAGCUUCCCUUUCGUGACUUUCCCUACAGCCGGAACUUUCAGUUCUGCUUCCGGGACCAAUUAUUGAUUGAAAUGCACAAUCAUCUAGACCCUGGCACGUCGAAAAAAACCACGCUGCGUACUACGAGCCUUGUCGGCCUGGGCGGGGUGGGUAAGACUCAAGUUGCACUCGAGUUCGCAUACCGCCAUACUCCUGAUUUUGAUGCAAUUUUCUGGGUCAAAGCAGAGACUGAGGCGAAAAUUCGCGAAUCAAUCUGCAACUAUGCUCGGGCUAUGCAAGACGAUACACAGUCUGGCCCUCAGCAAGAUGCAGUGCUGAUUAAGCGGUUUAAAAGCUGGCUCAUGACGCCUGAUUUCCAAGGCUCAAGCUCGAGUUCGGUAGCCCCUCGGUGGCUUCUUAUCUUCGACAAUGUCGAUGACCUAAUGACCUUACAGCCAUUUUGGCCUGGAGGAGCUCAUGGAUCCGUGAUAAUCACCACCCGUGAUGCAACGGUUGCCCGGCACUUUGGACAGCAAGCCAUAGAAGUCCCAUUAUUUACCAAGGAUGAAAGUGUGCAGUUCAUGUUCAAAAUCAACCCUGGCACGGAAAAGAAGAGCCCCGAGGAACUGAAAGCGGUUCAAAUAAUCACAGACCGAUUGGGCCAUCUACCACUGGUGUUGCGAAACAUUGGAGGAUACACAAGCAGUAUAGCGACAUCAUACCAGAUCUUCCUACAGCACUACUCCGAUUUCGAUCACAAUCUGCUUUUCCAAAAGGACACUUCCAACACGACCUCCUACGAAGCCUCGGUUAGCACCACUUGGACAAUGACACUAUCCCAAAUCGACCCAAUGGCAAAGGAGCUCAUGGAAAUCAUAGCGUUAUUUGAUCCGGAUAGCAUACCGAUAGAGCUAAUAGAAUCCUGGGACAUUGAUGAUAACACUGACAAGGCCAUCUCAAUCCUGUUUCGCGGCUCUUUGAUCAGUCGUUCCAGCAAAGGCGAUCAGUUGAGCUGCCAUCGAAUUAUUCGUGAAGCUGUGCUCCAGUCCCUGGAUCCGAAUAAGUUCGUGGUUCUAUUUGACUGGGCUGUGUUUUCCCUAAACGCACUCUUCCCAAAAACACCGGGAGGCGCCCCACUCCUCGCGGAAUGGGAUGCGUGUGCCAUCUACCACAAUCAUUUGUCCUCACUACUCAACCUCUACCUUCGCUUUGCAUCUUCCUUACGACCACCAGUCCUACUGUGCGAAGUUAUACGUCGCUGCGCCUGGUAUCUCUGCGAGCGCGGAAACUUCACAGACGCCCUUGAACUCGUCAAGAUGGGUUCCACUGUUCUUGAAGACGCUGCUGCAAUAUGCAACUACCCAGGAUAUUAUCCACAAUACAUGUGUCGUCUGACGGCUGACCUUUACAGCAGUCUUGGGAGUAUUGAGUACGAGCUUAACCAUCCCAACCACGGACGGCUCUGGUUUGAAAAGGCAGAUGAGCACCGCCGAAAGCUGAUAGACAAUGAUACAGCGCAGAGCUACGACAUCGAAAGCAUGGCGGUCGGCGACGGAAACAUCGGUCUAUCCCAUCUCGCUGACAGCGGUACUUCCGAGCCCAGCAUCGCCGCAUACAAGUUCCUGAUCGAGAAUUUUCAGAACAAUAACAACCUCUGUAUAUGGGCUGCAAACCUGUCAAUCGCGUAUCGGUUCCAGGGUGACCUGGAAGAGUCCUUGGAGUGGUGCAAGGUCGCUGAUAACUGGACUCGCAAGACUUUUGGAGAGGACAGUCUCAGCAUGGCCAUCGUGCACUUCAAUGUUGGCAAAACAUAUAUGCUCCUGAAGGAGGACGAACGGGCCUUUAAGGUCUUCAACCAAUCUCUCCAAAUCCGUCAGCAAAAGGCACCUUCUCACCGCUACACUGGCUUUACCUGCCACCAGAUUGGCGUCCUGAUGCGAGCAAGAGGGGACAUUCCUGGCGCAAUUGCAUCGUUCCAAUCCGCCGUACGAAUUCUUAAUGAUUGUGAAGCUCAGACCGGUGCUGUGCUGCGGUCCAAGUUUGCUCUGUCCAAGGCCUUCAAAGAAAUCGGCUCUUUUGAGGAAGGAGAUGGCCUUCUGCAAGAGGUCAUCAAGGGUCUUUCUGCGUUGGACACUUCUGUCAUCGCUGAUGCUGAUGCUGAUGCCUUGACGGAUGAGCAUUUUGAGCGUUUUGUGCUUUACUGCCAUCGCUGA